UUGCUUUGCCUUUUUGCCCUCUUGGCUCCUUAGUUUCCAAGCGGUCCCACUGCAAGUUUCCCCACAACCCUAGCCCCUGGGCAUCAAGAAGCGCAAGGAUUUCGGGAUGGAGAAGCCUACAGAUUCAAGCCGUGGAGAGAAGCGGAAACGCGAAGGGGAGGAGCAAGCAGACAAGGAACCGUCAUGGGUUCAAAGUAAGUGUUCUGAAGCAGAUCUUCAGGAGUUAGUAGAAAAAUACUUACUUCAACCCAAGAGUGUGAUCCACUGGCGGAGUGCCCUGGGAGAAGUUGUUCCAAUUGCCAGAGAUUCAUAAACUAUUUUGUUCACUUCUUUUGUGAAACACCGCCUGGCACUUCCGGCUAGUGAUUUCCUCCAGGGUCUUUUGUAUUACUAUGGGAUUCAAAUCCAUCAUCUUACCCCCGAAACGGUUCUUCACAUUACUAUCUUUGUGCACUUUUGUGAAGCUUUUCUGGGCAUCAAGCCACAUUUUGAGCUAUUUCGGAGUUUAUACACCUUGACUCCUCUGCCCUCUACUCAAGAAAUAGGUCGCAUAGGAUGUGCAAAUUUGCCGCUACGCCCAGGUAUGGUGAAUAAGUACUUGGAAUGGCCUGCAAUCCAUGUGAGUCUGGAAUGGAAAAAGGAUUGGUUUUACAUUGGAAGUCCAUAUCCCUCUCUGCCCAAGUUCUCUGCUGAGCCUCCUGUGUAUUUUCACGAGUGGAUUCUGAAGAAUGGUCCUGGCAGUGAGGAUCAAGUAGAAGAAUUAUUGGGUUUCACAUUCUGUUUGCGUGAGAUAAGAGUAACUGCAACAUCUGUCCAGUUCAAUUGGGUUAUGCGUAGGGUUUAACCUUUGCAGAAGCGCAGGAAUUUUGGUUUUCAGUAUGAAGGAACUGAAGAUAGUUCCCGAUUCUCUGUAGAGUCAAUGGAGCGGACACAAGGGUUGAGGGUAAUUAGAAGUAUAUUUCUUGAUCAACUCAGCCAUAUGUGCUCACUGUCUUUCAUGCGAGUAAUCCACCUUCUCAGGCGGAUGUGGAGGUUUUCAAAAGCGAUCCUCCUAUCCCCAGUUCUGUUGAGGCAAAGAACUAGAAAAUCUUCCAUACACCUGUGGUCUUCAAUAUUGAUGAAUCAAUAAUUGAAGAAGAUCCAAUAUCGUCAUCUGAUUCUGAGGGAGAUAAUCCAUCAGUAGAUCCAAGGCCUGUUGAUAGAAGAUUAGAAGAAGUAGGCCGUUGUGCGAGUGGAUCCAUGGGUACUAGUAGUACCUCCACACAUACUACAAGCUCAGCAGCCCCCACGACUGGUACUGGUCCAGUGCAUAAAGUUCUGUGAGUACCAUCAAAGCUCAUUGUGAAGAGAGCAAAAACGUAAGUUCUUUUUAAUGGGAGUAGUUUUGGAUACUUUCUUGGAAAAAAUAUGGUACUUAGCUAUUUGCUUUGAAUAAAUCUACUGCCGAGCUGAAUCUGCCAGUUCUGAAGCCUGUUGGCUCUCCUGCAAAAGCUUCAGCCGCCGAGCAGACGAGGAGUACUCGAGUUGAGGCAGUACGGGACGCUUCCACACCUCCUGCCGCGACCGAGGCAGCAAAUGCGGAGGGACAAAAUAGUAGAGAGCCCGCUCAAUCUGCCGAACCUUCCAUUCUUGUAGAUGUGCAUCCCCUGAGUUCAGAUCCGUCAAGUGCUGCAGCACCCGGGACUUCUUUCCCCGAACAAGUCGAUGAGAUCCCAGUCGGACUGAUCGAGGACGACCUUCUAGGGGCCGACUUGUGCAACGAUGUGAUGAACUCACUGCGUCGAGUUUACAUGCAUCAUAAGAAAGUAGUCCUGCAAACCAGAUUAAAGUCUUCCAUCUUGGAUGUGAAGUCUAAAGGACUCCAGCAGAUUCCUGUGCUAAAGCAGGAACUUGUUGAAAAACAUGCUAUCAUUGAUGAGCUUGGGAGGCAGCUGGCUGCUGCUCAAGCUGGUGGUGGUGGCGCCGAUGCUGGAAGUUCCUCUGGUCUAAACCAGGAAGAGCUAGCUCAAAGCCAGAGGAAAGAGAUCAAGCUCUUCGAGAUUGCGCAGAAUUGCGACAAGCAUAUGCAGAUCUCGAAGAAUAUAAGAAGGUCGUUGAGCAGCAACUGAAUGGAGCUGACAAGAAGCUUGCGGAGAACAUGGUAACCAUCUAGAAGCUCAAUCGUGAUAAGAAGAGGAAGGACAAAGAAAUCUUUGACCUAGAAGAAGCAGCUCGAGUUGUCAUUGACAUGGUGCAACCCCCUCAUCCUGGUGUUGUAGACUUGAGAUCCAUUCUAGAAUGCUUGAGGCUAGUCCCUGGAUGGUUGAAGGAUGCGCCAAAAAGGCAAGCUUAGAAGAAGUAGAUGUAUGUUUGAUGUAAUGACUUGCUGUGUAAUACUUUGUACACUUGGUCAUGAUGUAUAAUAUCUUUAAGAGGUUUAAUCCAGAGUUCUCGUGUACUCA